GGGCAGUGGCAGCUGGUUUCAGGCACAGCAGGCAUUUGGGGUGGAAAUACUCUGUGCUUUCCAGGGACGCAAAGCCUCGCUCCCUGCUGGGAUUUAUGGAGGUGCUGAGGAGCAGCUGUGAUCCCCGCAGCCCCCGGCAGUGCACCCUGUGAAACAGUGCCCGGCUGCCCUCACCUCGUCCCGCCCGGCAUCCCGACCCUCCGACUCAACCAUUCACGGCUCCCGUGCAUGGAUCGCCCCAGCGAGGCACCGCUGCCGGACGCCGCCGACGCCGCCCCGUAGGCUCCCGGCCCCCCGUGCCACCCCCAAGUACUCCACAUACCCCGAUGGGGUAACGUGACGGAGGCCACCCUCCCGCCACCACCACCCCCCAUAUGCAGAGGCCUUUCUAGAGCGCCCGGGAGCGCGCAGCGCUGGAGGCGGCGGCCACUCGCCGUCGCACACACACACCGAGGACACCGACACUACAGCAAAGGGAUUUCUUUUUUUUUUUUUAAUUAUUAUUAUUAUUAUUAUUAUUAUUAUCAUUAAUAUUAUUUUUUUUCCUGCCUGGCUUUUCCCUCCUCCCUGGGGAGGGGGCUUGCGGUGUGUCAGGAAGCCGGCGCGCUCCCACAAGCUGGGAUUAUUUGCACAACGUCUGUAUAUUGAGUUCUCGAUCCUGUUUUAUUUUUAUUUUUGAAGCGCUAAGGGGUUGCUGGGGGGGAAGUGGGUUGGGGUUUUUUUGCCCCUCCAAGCCACACUUUUCUGGGGCUUUUCCCCCGCCGCUGUCAGCAGCACCUCACCCUCCCCCUGUCCCACCAUGGCCCGGAUGAACCGCCCUGCGCCGGUGGAGGUCUGCUACAAAAACAUGAGGUUCCUCAUCACCCACAACCCCACCAAUGCCACACUCAACACUUUCUUGGAGGACCUGAAGAAAUACGGUGCCACCACAGUUGUGCGAGUGUGUGAAGUGACCUAUGACAAGACCCCCCUGGAGAAGGAUGGCAUCACCGUCAUGGAUUGGCCCUUCGAUGAUGGAGCACCUCCUCCCAGCAAGAUAGUAGAAGACUGGCUCAACUUGCUGAAGACCAAGUUCUGCGAGGACCCCGGGUGCUGCGUGGCCGUGCACUGUGUGGCUGGGCUAGGGCGUGCUCCUGUCCUUGUUGCACUGGCCUUGAUCGAGAGCGGGAUGAAGUAUGAAGAUGCCAUCCAGUUCAUCCGACAGAAGCGCAGAGGAGCCAUCAACAGCAAGCAGCUUACGUACUUGGAAAAAUACCGACCAAAGCAGAGACUCCGAUUUAAGGACCCUCACAACCACAAGAACAAAUGCUGCAUCAUGUAACCUCAAUGACCUCUUGCCAAAACCCGUGCACACAGACACCCGGGCACUCGCACACAUCCCACCCCGUCACCCCCUCGCCCAGCCCUGCACUCCCCCUGCCACCACCAGGGCUGGGGUGGGGGACACGGAGCAUCAUCAGUGUGUUCCAGCACCCACAGCACAGCCCCAGAAAAGGCUGUUCUCUCCAGCUGCAGCCCCGAGGAAGGAAGGCAGCUCUGCCCAUUGACUCUUGGCAUUAGUAGGCAAUGAGCUCGUGCGACAGUUCUUCAUCACCUUCCUCCUCCUCCCUCUCACCUCCCCGUUGCACUGAGAGGGGCGGGUGAAGGGUGCUUGGUUUGGGGUGAUGCAGGCAGGGCUGUGCCAGCUUAGAAGGGAUGGGGGAGCCGGAGGGCCAGAGCACCCCUGGAAAAACUCUUUCCCACCUCUUCCUAUAAAUAAGGGCUGCAGCAGCAGGGAGGGAGGUGGGGAUGGCGCGGUGGCCUCGGGGGGAGGUGGUGAUGGCAGGGAGAGGUGACAGGGGCUCUUAGCUCAGUGCUGGCCUUGUGAUCAUGGGAAGGGCUGAACUAAGACCCCCAGCACUGUUCCCUUUCUCCUGGCUCCUCUGCCACUUCACCAUCAUCCUGUUGCCUCAAUGCCAGCUGGGAUGCUGCAGAUGGGGCUCACUGGGGGUUUGCUGCAGUGAAGGCAGAGCCACUGGGGACCUUGGGGACAUGUCAGGGCUUCGAAGCACCAGCUUUGCCAGGAUCAGUGUAGGGUCAGCACUGAAUCCCCCAAAGUGUUGGAUGCUCUUACUUAUAGCUUCCAAAUUCAAUGCACAGGGCAGUGGGUUCUCUGCUGUCAUGUCCCCAUCCCUGAGUCAUGGCACAAAUGCCAGUUCUGGGAGCAAUGCACUGAGGACACAGUGUGCAUCUCAGGGCACAUCCAUGUCCUCCACCACUGCAUUUGCUGGCCAAGGGGCUGGGCUGCAUCCUUCCUAGGGGAUUUUGGGUGUGCCUGGCAAGAGCACAUCACCAAAUUUUGCACCUGCCUUUUCCAUAUCUGUAACGAGGCACCUGACACCCUGAAACCCCCCGGUGUGUGCCCUGGUGGGGUGGACUCAGAGCUGCCCCUUAGCCGGGACAUUCAACAUCUCUCAACUUUCUGCCUUUGAACGCUUGCAGCAGCUGGAGCAGUGAGCACACAGGGGGUGUGGUGGGGUUUUUUUCGUUUUAACAAGGAUGAAAAGAAAUUUGCUAAUUAAAGGAAAAAAAGAACUCUAAAAAAUACCCUGUUUGUCUUCCGCACGUCCUCUGACCCUUCUUUCUCCCAUCACUGCCCAGUGGAGCCCAGGAGGUGACCCAUGGUUCCCUAGACUGAUCCCCAGCACCAGGUCCCAGCUGGCUGCCAUCUGCUGUCACCAGGGCACACGUGUGCCCCAAUGGAAGCUCCAGGUAUCCUUUGGACUUGCUGCUGCUCACCCUCAACUGCAAAGGAUCCCAGUUGUUGGGGCAAGGAGGGCUGGUCAUCCACCUUGUGUGGUUUUAGGCUGCCCAGCUUGUAAUGCCUUCAGUGUCCUGUGUUGGGUGUCUCCAAAGGUUUGUGUGCCUUCUGAAAUGUAGAUAUCCAGAGACAUUUGCUUCAGAGGGUUCAUCCCUUGGGAUAGGUGGUGAGGAAGGCUGGGGAGACACCUUCAGUACCUGCAGAAGGGCAGGGGAUAGCUUUGUACCAUGAUGUGGGUGGGCAGAGAAGGUGUUCGUAGCAGUUUCCAGCACCACUUCUGUCCUGAUGGGAGCCAGCCCCCCUGCACAUCAGGGAUGGCCAUCCCAUGGGAUAGGCUGUGGUGCCAAGUGAGGUGGGGAUCCUCCACACGUGGCUCUGGAGUUGUCAUGUCACACACCUUGGGCCUGUCCAAGCUUCCACAUUGUAGGACAGCCCUUAGUCCCUUGAGUUUUCUCCUGCCUUGUCCCAGGCUGUUGGUUCCCAUGACUCGUGGAGAAGGCAGCAAUGGUUGAAGAGUGUGUGUUUGUUGGGAAAAGUGAGAAAUUGGGCUGAUGAAAAGGCCUGACCCUGUAUUGGAGCACCCUG